UGGCCCCGUCGUCUCGUCUCAAAAGCCUCGCGCACCACGGCACCCUCCCCAACUCCAAGGGGGGGACGAGCCCGUGCCCGCAGCGCCGCCGAGCACGCCCGCCGCCCGCCGCCUGCCCUCCUCUUCCUCCUUCUCCUCCCACCCGCGCCGCCGCCGCCUCCAAUCCCCACCCGCUACCACCCCUGCAACUCGCUGGCCCCGGAAUGGCGUCGCGCGGGGGAGAUCCGCCCGCCCGUGUUUCCCGGUAACCAACAAGUUCAGCUGAAGUGAGGUAGCGGCAUUGUUCGUUCACCCGUGUGGCUUCCGCUUGGCUGCUGAAGCAAUAAGAGUUCCUUUCCUGAAUAAACUUCUCAAGGAAGCUUCUUGCCAGUGUAGCAAGUUGUGUGAAAGCCUCCCAAACAUUAGUGGUUGCGGUGUUGAGGAUCCCUAAUCCUAAACGGUUGCCAAGGUGAUGGGAGAUCCUGAAUACUAGUGGCAACCCAAGGAAUUGUGAUGGAUCCAGGAAAACACAAUGGGAUGAGCCUGAUGGACAAGAGACAACUAGUAUACGAAGUUGCAAGAUGGCCGCAAGGUGCUGUGGAGAUUCUUCAGUGCUGGACCCGCAGGGAUCUUCUUGAGCUUAUAUGUGUGGAGCUGGGCAAGGAGAGGAAGUACACCAAUGUUCCAAAAUCUAAGAUGAUUGCCUAUCUCUUGAAAUUAGUUUCACGAAACAGUGGACAACUCAAGGAUGGUAAUGCAGAGGCUAUGUUAUCAGGGCAGGAUAACAAAGAUGAAACACAAAUGAAAGAAUGUGAGGAGCAAGUACAGCAUUCACUCAAAACUGCAAACCCUGACUCAUCAAUGCGCAGAGAGGCUCGAGCUGGUACAGUGGUGUGCAGCAAUGUUGCAUGCCAAGCCAUACGGAAUGCAGGCGAUAAAUAUUGCAAGCGUUGCUCUUGUUGCAUUUGCAAUAAAUAUGAUGAUAACAAAGAUCCUAGCCUGUGGUUGGUUUGCAGCUCCGAUAAUCCAUACAGUGGUUGUUCAUGUGGUAUCUCUUGUCACUUAAAGUGUGCUCUAAAGAAUAAAAAAGCUGGCAUUGUCAAGAAUGGGUGCAACAAGUUGGAUUGUAGUUUCUACUGUGUUAGCUGCGGGAAGAUCAACUGGCUAAUGAGGAGUCUGCGGAAACAACUUGCAAUUGCCAGGGAGGCAAGAAGAGUUGAUAUGCUUUGUGAGAGGCUGUCAUUGAGCCAUAAAAUGGUAAAAGGGUCUGAACAUUACAAGGAAAUAGCAAGCAUAAUCAGCUCAGCUGUGAAAACACUUGAGAAAGAAGUUGGUGGUGCAUUGGAUCAAGUUUCUGCAAUCAUGGGGCGUGGCAUUGUGAACCGGCUUAGUUGUAGCGCUGAAGUUCAGAACCUUUGUUCAAGUGCAUUAGAAAUUGUAGACUCCACAGUGGAUAACAUCUUGGAGUUUGAGUUGAAUGAUAAUCCUCAAGUCCUAGGUCCCCAACCCCGAAUCCUUUUUGAUGAGAUCACUCCAUUUUCUUUGGUUAUUGUGUUGAAAUAUCAGGAUAACAUUGGUAAGGAGCACAUUGAUGGUUGCAAAGUUUGGCAUCGAAGUGCUAAGGUUCUCAACUAUUCAUCAGAACCCACAUGCCACAUACUGAGACCAAAUACUAGGAGCCUGGUUUCUGGUCUAAGCCCUUCAACUGAAUACUUCUUCAAGGUUUUGCCUUUUGGCAGCAUACAGGGGUUUACUGAGCAGGAGGCAAAAUGCACUACACGGAGCCUGGACCAAGGCAGCAGCCAGUGUUCAACUCAGAAUUCUGAGAGUGUGUGCCUCAAAGAGGAUUCAGUGCAGCAUCAGAAAAAGGAUUUGAAUUUGCAGAAUCAUCAGAGAGCCAUUCAACAUGAUUCACCUAAGGGUUCUACAAAUUCAAGUGAGAACAAUUUAUCCUGUGACCGGUAUUCUAAGCGGGCUAAGAUCGCAAGGUUAGAUGGUGCAAGUGACAAUGACGAAAGCCAAUUGCCGCCAACAUCUGAAGUUUUACCAUUCCCGAGCUCCAACUCCUCUCCUUCGGAAGCUCCAAGCAAACCCGACGUGCUUAUUGGCACCCCAGAUUCGUCCUCCAAGAAUUAUGUGGAGCAGCAGUACGAGUACUGCGUGAAGGUGAUCAGGUGGCUGGAGCACGAAGGACACAUGGACAGCGACUUCCGUGUAAAAUUUCUCACUUGGUUCAGCCUAAAGGCAACAGCGCAGGACAGACGAAUCGUGGGUGCUUUCGUAGAUGCCCUCAUUGGCGAUCCUCCGAGCUUGGUCGCCCAACUGGUCGAUGCAUUCAUGGAUGUCGUCUGCAUCAAGGAGAAGCCCCCUCAGCCGCAACAGAAGGGUGCAUGCUGCAAGCUUUGGCACUAG